CCCACUCUGAGCUCGUAUUUAGAGGAGUCUUUGUGGUCCAACAGUUUCAUUCGUGUUCACACGGCUGCGGCUCCUGUGCGUCUCUUCUCCUGUCCGGUGUCUUCUUCUCCCCGUGUUCUUCUUCUCACCGCCCGUCCCGGGAACAUGGCCGAUACCGCAGUGGAGAGCAGCCCCGCCAGCACCGAGGCGGCCGUCACCAAGGAUCUGAAGGAGAAGGAAGAGAAGAAGGAAGUGGUGAAGGAGAAGAAGGAAGAGAAGAAGGAAGUGGUGAAGGAGAAGAAGGAAGAGAAGAAGAAAGAAAAGGAAGUAGUGAAGGAAGAGAAGGAAGUAGUGAAAGAGAAGGAAGUAGUGAAGGAAGAGAAGAAGAAAGAAGAAAAGGAAGUAGUGAAGGAGAAGAAGGAAGUGGUGGAGGAAGAGAAGAAGGAAGUAGUGAAGGAGAAGGAAGAGAAGAAGGAAGUGGUGGAGGAGAAGGCAGAGAAUGGCGCCGGUGAUCGUCCCCCGGCCAAUGGCACAGAAGAGAACGGAUCUGCUCACAGUGAUGAGAACAAGGAGAACACCGAGGAUCCGGAGGAGGAUGAAGUAGAGGGUGACGGUGAGGGCGAAGGAGACGAGGAGGGUGAAGGAGAGGAGACAGACGCUCCUCCUGUAAAGCGCCCGGCAGAGGAGAAGAAGGAAACUGAAAGUAAGAAACAGAAGACAGAAAACGGAGAUUCCACCGAAGUGAAAGAGUCGGCUUAAUCCUGCGCUCCGGCGACAUUUUAUAGAAUGAAGAAGUAGAAAACGGGCUUUAUAUAUCUGUACAUUUUACACAACAACUUUUUAUAUCCUGUAAACCCACAUGUACUAGAAACCUGUAACAUCAGACAGCGGGAGGUUUUUGUAUAAUGUUAUUUAUUGUUUGUACUGGUUGUUACUCUUUUUGGUGGUGAAGCUUUGUGUAUCCUGGAGUGAAGUAAUAUAACCCUGUGUGCAUAGAACAGUGUUUCACAACCACCGUGCCUCCAGCUGUUGCAAAA